GUGCAGAACAGUAAGUCUGCUGGUAUUUGGCAAGAGAAACUCCUGGUUCUAGUAUGCUGUGCUCUCAUUUCAGGGAGAGGCCUGGUUUUGAAGGCAGGAGGAUUGGACACGCUGGGGAAGUGAAUGUGACCCAUUUCUAUAAAGCAGAGAUGGCAGCUUAUUUCUAGGAAUCACUCAAAGCCAGAGUCAUGGUGGAUGUAGGAAAGUGGCCAAUCUUCACUCUGCUCUCACCCCAGGAAACUGCAUCAAUCAGGAAAGCGUGUGUCUUUGGUGCCUCUGCCAACGAGGCCAUCUAUGUUACUGACAAUGAUGAGGUCUUCGUGUUUGGACUGAACUAUAGUAACUGUCUAGGAACUGGAGAUAACCAGAGCACUCUGGUGCCCAAGAAACUAGAAGCCUUAUGUGGAAAAAAGAUCAAAAGCCUUAGUUAUGGGAGUGGCCCCCAUGUCCUCCUCAGCACUGAAGAUGGAGUUGUCUACGCCUGGGGCCAUAAUGGAUACAGCCAGCUGGGGAAUGGGACCACCAAUCAAGGCAUUGCUCCUGUCCAAGUCUGUACUAAUCUCUUGAUCAAGCAGGUGGUUGAGGUAGCUUGUGGUUCACAUCAUUCGAUGGCUUUAGCAGCUGAUGGAGAGGUAUUUGCCUGGGGCUAUAACAAUUGUGGUCAGGUGGGAUCAGGAUCUACAGCAAAUCAGCCAACUCCUCGGAAAGUUACAAGUUGUUUACAUACUAAGAGAGUGGUCAGCAUUGCCUGUGGUCAGACCUCAUCCAUGGCUGUUCUGGACAGUGGUGAGGUGUAUGGCUGGGGCUAUAAUGGCAAUGGACAGCUGGGCUUGGGAAACAAUGGUAACCAGUUGACCCCAGUGAGAGUGGCAGCUCUGCAAAGCGUGUGUGUCAACCAGAUUGUCUGUGGGUAUGCACAUACUCUAGCACUAACAGACGAGGGCUUGCUCUAUGCCUGGGGAGCUAACACAUAUGGGCAGCUGGGAACUGGCAGUAAAAACAAUCUACUAAGCCCAACACCCAUCAUGGUGGAAAAAGAAAGAGUUGUAGAGAUUGCAGCCUGUCACUCCACCCACACAUCUGCCGCUAAGACCCAGGGCGGGCACGUUUACAUGUGGGGCCAGUGCCGGGGCCAGUCGGUGGUCCUUCCCCACCUCACCCACUUCUCCUGCACAGAUGAUGUGUUUGCCUGCUUUGCCACCCCUGCAGUCUCGUGGCGCCUCCUGUCUGUGGAGCAUGAAGACUUUUUAACAGUUGCAGAUUCACUGAAGAAAGAAUUUGAUAGUCCAGAAACUGCUGAUCUGAGGUUUCGAAUUGAUGGGAAAUAUAUUCAUGUCCAUAAAGCUGUUUUGAAAAUCAGGUGUGAGCACUUCCGAUCCAUGUUCCAGUCCUACUGGAAUGAGGACAUGAAGGAGGUGAUAGAGAUAGACCAGUUUUCUUACCCCGUGUACCGUGCCUUUCUCCAGUACCUCUACACAGACACAGUGGAUCUGCCACCCGAGGAUGCCAUAGGUCUCUUGGACUUGGCGACAUCGUACUGUGAAAACAGACUGAAGAGGCUUUGUCAGCACAUCAUCAAGCGAGGAAUUACUGUGGAAAACGCUUUCUCAUUAUUCUCUGCUGCAGUCAGAUAUGAUGCAGAGGAUUUAGAAGAAUUCUGCUUUAAGUUUUGCAUCAAUCAUUUGACAGAAGUUACACAGACUACGGCAUUUUGGCAAAUGGAUGGCCCCCUGCUAAAGGAGUUCAUUGCUAAAGCCAGUAAAUGUGGAGCCUUUAAGAACUGAAUGAAGCCUGAGGCUGCUGGGCUGGGUGUGAGUGCUCUGGGGCACGGUGGGUGAUGUGAUUCUGCAGGUAAAACCCCACCAGGUUGCUUUUGUCACAUCAGAGACAGUGCUCUGUAGGAAUAUAUGAAGGAUGUUUGCUUUUCAUGA